CCUGUUUUUAUGUGGAAUUCCCAACCCAAAAUUAAAAUGCACUCACGCUAGUCCGGACUGUAUCUUAAAAUCCACUGCGUCGUAACGCUCGUUGUUAGUUUGUUUUUUUCUUGGCUGCGCUUUUAUCGAUGAUGCCACCCUUGAAUUUUACGCAUUUAAGCUGAACCCACUCCUUCCCCUUGCAGCGUUUAUUAACAUACCUGAUACCCAAACGUGUUUUAAUUCUUCCUACAUGCCUGAACUUGACAUUGAAAACACACACGCGGGACUAUCCUAAGCCGGCAUCUCCACGAAGAAGCCGCGGGGGCAUUUACUUAGUCAGUCUCGAGAUCAACAUGCGACUGCCCGGUGCGCUUUUGCUCGCCCUUCUCGUUUGUUUUUCGCGAGUGUUGGAAAAUGGAGCUACGAUAACUUUUCCAAAUUCUUUCACCAUGCGAGUGGAGAUGGGCAUCAAGGACUUUUUAUAUAGAUUUCUCGGGACCAAUGAAAGGGUUCAGGCAAGAAGACUGGCGGCCAAAAAAGUCAUGAAAAUGCAGCCUCUCUACAGCAAUGGGCCGUUUCCUUGCAAUGAAACUGCAAAAUACCGAUCUGCGUCAAAGCCCAUAAGUGUCCACCAAUUAAUGCCCGGUGACAUCGACGUGAUAGCGGCCAUGGGCGACAGUUUGACGGCAGGAUUUGGAGCUUCGGCCACGAUCCAGUGGCAAGUGCCCAUUGAAAAUAGAGGACUCGUCUGGAGCAUAGGUGGUGACGGCACUUGGAGAAAUGUCUUGACGCUGCCCAACAUUCUGCGCCAGUUCAACCCAGCGUUAGUUGGAUACUCAACUGGCGAUGGGCCAGCUCACGCGUACGCGGCCGGCUUUAAUGUGGCCGAGGGAGGCGCAACUUCCAAUGAACUCGGAUUCAUGUCCAAGGCGCUAGUCAAGAGAAUCAAGUCGCACCCAAAAGUCAACUUUGAAAAAGAUUGGAAGCUUGUGACUAUUUUAAUUGGCAACAAUGACAUUUGCCUGAAUAUGUGCUACACUGAUGAGCCCCUGGCUAUUAUCGCUCAGUUCAAGAAAAAUUUGAUUGACUCGCUAGAUUACCUCAGAGACAACCUGCCCAGAACUCUCAUUAAUUUGGUGCCUUUAGGACGCAUCGACAAGUUGCUGCACAAAAUGAAUUUGCCGCUGUCCUGUUAUGCACCGCACAGAAUAUUCUGCCCUUGUCUCUUUGGACCGCGAUUUGACAGGAAAAAAAUACUUUACUCCGACAUUGUGUAUGCUCUGCAAAACAUCACCUUCCAAGUGGUAGAGGAGGCCAGGUACAACAACCUAGAAACUUUUGCUGUUGUUUCGCAGCCGUUCACCGCAAACCUCUUUUUCCCUUCCUACAUGAAUACUUACGGCAACCCAAUGACAGACACAACCCUUUUGUCGCCUGAUUGUUUCCACUUGAGCCAAUAUGGAUAUGCGAGAGCUGCAAACGCUUUGUGGAACAACAUGCUAGAGCCAGUUGGCGAGAAGUCAAUGGACUGGGCAGAGCCACUCGUAAAUUUCAAGUGUCCAACCGAAUCGUGGCCAUAUUUUUACACAAGUUUUAACUCAAACAGUAUUAGGUAUAAUAGAAGUAGAGUUAAAAAUUGAAAAUAUCACUGUUUGGUUUAAUUUAAAAUGGGUAUUAAAAAAAAAAAAACAAUUUAGAAUCUCACAAAAAAUGUCUCAAAAUAGUUUUAAAUGUAUAGCUUAAUUUUGUAAAAAAUAAACACAUAUUAGAAAAAUACAAAUUUAUAAA